CCUCGUCCUCCUCGCCAAAAGCACCCACCUUCUCCGCGCCGCGCAGGGCUCUUCUCCCAUUCCUGCCGCCCCGGAAGCUUCUAGCAGCAGGCGACGGAGACAUGGCGCCGCCCUUCAUCUACUGCCCCUCCGACGACAGCAGCAACGAUGAGAAGGCUGUCAUCAAGGCGGCCAUAGAAGGCAACCUCGGCCGCCUCAAAGGUAUUGUGAAGAGUCUUACCAAGGGAAACGGCGAGCUGUCUGCGAUUUUUUCUUUCAACGUGGAUGGAGCUAAUGCGCUGCAUAUCGCGGCAUACAAGGGCCAUCUGGAGGUUUGCAAGUAUUUGGUGGAGGAGCUUGGGGGAGAUGGGAAUGCUCCUGGAUACGGGGCUCUAGCUCUAGGCUCGAGUCCGUUUAUGAUGUCUGCUCAGUCCUGUGAUAUUCCUACCUUCAAAUAUUUUCUUGAUCGUGGUGGUGAUCUAAUGAAAGCAGAUGACAAAGGACGCACAGCUCUCCACCAUGCUGCGGGCUCAGGAAGUUGCAAGAUAACAGAGUUCAUCCUUUCCAAAGGAGUGCCAGUUGACUUGGACUGUGGCCGUGGAACCCCACUCUAUGUGGCUGCUACAAACGAGCAAGAUAAGACAGUGAAGAUUUUACUGGACCACCACGCGAAUCCUAACAUCAUUAUUAGUGGUAUUGGAUCUCCCCUGCUGAGUGCUAUUAUUUACCGUUCAUUGAAGUGUGUGAAGCUACUCCUUAAGGCUGGUGCCGAUGUUAACUGCAAGGGUUCCAUGGCUACUCCUCUGAUUUUUGCCACGAUGCAAGGAGGUUACACCAACUACAUUAAGUUGCUACUUAAGGCUGGAGCAGAUCCUAAUAUCCCCGAUGAUGUGGGUACAUUGCCUAUAGAGUAUGCUGCAUUACGUGAUUGCAUCGAAGAGGUUGAAAUGUUGUUUCCUGUGACUAGCCCAAUUCCAAAUGCCCCAGACUGGAGUAUUGAGGGAGUAAUUUCUUAUGCGAAAAUUGAACAUGAAAAGCCAAUAGAGCAAAGGCACCUUGAAAGAAGAACUGCUUUGUUCAAGUCCCAGGCUGAUACGGCAUUCAGGCAGAAGGAGUAUAAGAUGGCAUCACACUUUUAUGGUUUGGCAAUAGCCCAUGGAAAGAGUGCAACACUGUAUGCAAACAGGAGUCUUUGUAAGCUGCUCAUGGCCGAUGGUGACGGUGCUUUGUCAGAUGCUCUCAAGUGCAGAAUGCUGAGACCUAAGUGGGCAAAAGCUUGCUUCCAUCAAGCUGCAGCUCACAUGCUACUCAAGGAAUAUAAACAAGCCUGUGAUGGUCUCGAAGAUGCACAAAGAAUGGAUCCUGGGAAUGCUGAGAUUGAUGUUCAAUUACGGAAAGCGCGGGAACUCAUGAAGAAUACUCCUGGCGAUGAUGGUGAGCAGUGAGGCGUGCGUGUGCGCAUUGGACUGCAGGCUGCAACAUGUUCCAGUUUUCACUGAAGUAGAACUAGCAGGAACUUCUAGAACUAGUAGGAACUUCUAACCCUAGUGUUUUGAUAGGGACCAAAACUCUCAGGCCGGGGCAUACCUUUUUUUUCUAAAAAGGUAACGGAACUCUCAGAAAUUCAUGGGCAUCUUGGGUCUGCCUAAGACGACUAUGAAAUAGUCUUGUCGGACCGUGGAUUUUGCAGGCAGUAUGCAAUUUCUUUGCUUCUAGACGAGUAUGUUUGCAUUUCUAAUUAUAGAACUAACAGAUUAAAAUGCAAUAUCAACGUUGAUUGAA